CUGCUCCUCAAAUACCGCAACAAGCAGCCGACCCACCAGGCAGAGAUGCUGGAGAUCGUCAGCAAAGAUUACCAGGACGACUUCCCAGUGAUCUUGGCCCUAGCCUCCGAGUGCAUGAGGCUGGUCUUUGGCGUGGACGUGAAGGAAGUGGACCCCAGCGACCACUCCUACAUCCUGGUCACGGUCCUGGGUCUCACCUGUGAUGGGAUGCUGAGCGGUGAGCAUGGCAUGCCCAAGACCAGCCUCCUGGUGCUGCUACUGGGGGUGAUCCUCCUGGAGGACGACUGUGCCCCUGAGGGGGAGGUGUGGGAAGCGCUGGGGGUCAUGGGGGUGUAUGCUGGCAAGGAGCACAUCAUCUAUGGGGAACCCAGGGAGCUCCUCACCAAAGUCUGGGUGCAGGAAGGGUACGUGGAGUACCGGCAGGUGCCCGGCAGCGACCCUGCCCGCUACGAGUUCCUGUGGGGUCCCAGGGCCCAUGCCGAAACCAGCAAGUUGCAAGUGCUGGAGUAUUUGCUCCAGGUCAAUCACAGGCAGCCCGGUUCCUCCCUGAUCCUGUCUGAAGGAGCUGUGAGUGAUGAGGAAGAGGGGGCCUGA